UAAACGCGCUGUAAUGUCAUUGCGCUCCCUCCAGCAGUGUGGUCGUCGCUCAACAUUGGAAAAACUGGCAUUCCUUGUUUGACCCGACGAAUUGAAAACCCUUCUCUUUUCUGCUUUCUGCUUCUCAUUUUCACACCCAUCCUUGCUUUUUCAAUUACCAUUUCCUUGUUUCUUCUUUCUUUUGCUUGAUUUCUUCUCUCUUCAAUUGAAUGUUCAAACAAUAUCACUUUCUUUGAAAUUGAAGGGCUUCUUUCUCUGUGGAUAUUCACUCAUUUCACGCUUUUUUCGAUCUCUUCAGUUUCGGUUCUUCAAAUAUCAGGUUUUGUUGUUAUGAAGUUGGGCCGUCGUAAAUUCUGUUAUUUUCAAGCUCCAGUGUGCAAAAAAUAGCAAUUUUAGGUUUUUUUUAGGAAAAUUAUACGGCUUUCUGCGUAAACAUGAUGCUGGGUAGACCUGUUCUUGAGAUUUUAGUUAGCAUUUGUCUCUGGUUGUUGCUUAGCUGUACUUUGAGCUAUGGUACUGAGACAGAUAUUGCUUGCCUGAAGAGUAUAAAAGACUCACUUGAAGACCCUUUUAAGUACUUGAAGUCUUCAUGGGACUUUAACAACAAUACCGAAGGAUACAUUUGUGGAUUUACGGGUGUUGAAUGUUGGCACCCUGAUGAGAGCAGGGUCUUAAAUCUCCGUCUUUCGGAUAUGGGGCUCAAGGGUCGAUUCCCUACUGGACUUCAGAAUUGCACGAGCAUAACUGGUGUUGAUCUUUCAAACAACAACCUUUUUGGACCCAUUCCAGAUAAUAUCUCUAAAAUCAUUGGGUUUGUGACAUCUCUUCAACUCUCAUCCAACAAUUUCUCUGGAAGCAUUCCAGAAAACCUUGCAAAUUGUAGCUAUUUGAAUAUUCUUAAACUCGAUCACAACCGGUUGACAGGUCAAAUUCCUCCACAACUUGGCUUGUUAGGUCGGCUUAAAACAUUUAGUGUAGCCAAUAAUCUUCUCACUGGACCUGUUCCAACUUUCCUAAAUGCCAAUGUGACAGCAGAUGAUUAUGCAAAUAAUGUAGGACUGUGCGGGAAGCCUUUGGACAACUGCCCUGGAACUUCAAAUUAUCGCCGAGGGAGGAGGGAGACUUUUGAAUUUGAAGGGGCGAGUGUAUGAAUGUUAUGGGUCUUGGAGGGAAAGACAACGCAUGAUCAAGAACUAAAAUGUACGACCCACUUGAUUGGCUGUGUUAAUUUAAUUAAAGAAUUUAAGUUUUUAUUUGUUGGUAAAUUUUGAGAUGAAUAUGGUUUAUCAUAACCCAAAAUAUAUAAAAGUGCAUUUAUUUUUUCAUGAAGAAAUUUAUAUUUGUGUAUUUUGAAUCAUGUAAACUAAGUUUAAAUAAAUUUUUUUUAUUUGUUUA